UUAAAGAUUUAUUUAUUUAUUAUAUAUAAGUACACUGUAGCUGUUUUCAGACCACAACAGAAGAGGGCAUCAGAUCUCAUUACAGAUGGUUGUGAGCCACCGUGUGGUUGCUGGGAAUUGAACUCAGGACCUGUGGAAGAGCAGUCAGUCGCUGAGCCAUCUCUCCAGCCCAAGAACGUUGUAUUUUAUGAACUGCAGUGUUCCUAGGGUACAUCAUAGGGCUUUUGCUUUAAUAAGAGCACACAGUUUUAAUUACAGAAAGCAAGGACUUUUGAUAUUUUCCUACUGCUGUCAAAUUAGUAGAUUUUAGGACUGUAUAGCCAGGAUCAUUUUAAAAACUAUUAGUUGAACCAGGCACAGCGAGUAGCACAUGAUUGUAGUCCCAGCACUUGUGGGGUAAGAUCAAGGUCAGUCCCGGCUGCACCUCAGAUUCAAAGUCAGCCAGGGAUAUACCAGCCCUGUCUCAAAAAACCAAAUCAAACCAAUUCAAAACAGCAACAACGAGCAAAUAAAACAACUCAAAAAUUUUUUUUGCUUAGUUAGGUGUGCAUAAUACCAGAAUGUGGAAGACAGAGAUGCGUAUUUCUGUGAGUUCAAGACUAGCCUGUUCUACACAGCGGGUUCCAGGCCAGCCAGGGGUACAAAGUGAGACACUGUCUCAAAAAAGAAAAAAAAAUUCUUGCUUACGUUUCUGAGUUGUUUCAUUUUUUAAAGUAUUAUUAAAAUUUUGCGUGUAAUUAGGACAGAAUUUCCAACUGAUACGGUUCUAAACAUACCUAAACUAAACAAAAUCAAACAUACUUUCAUUUUGAUAAAAAUCAAAACAUCAACUGAAAAAUGCUGAAGACACUCUACGUCCGGUGGUAUCAAAUAUUGUCAAGUGAUCUGUGUGAAAAUUUAAAAAGCGCAUCUUCUCUUUCAUUCCCCAGUUUGCCUUCGCUUUUAAGUAGUGCACUAAAAAAUUGGUGUUUGUUUGUUGAGACAGGGUCUCAGAACUACGUAGACCUGGUUGUCCCGGAACUCAUUAAGUGGACCAGACUGUUCUCUGCACCCGGACAAAGAAUUGUUUUAAGAUAGACGUAAGGUUAUCAGUAAAUGUUUGAUUUGCAUGUGGAAAGAGUUUUCUAGUGGAAAAGGUUUAAGAGUAAGAAAGCUCCACUUUAACUCACUCAGAGCGAGAUCUGAAGGAAAAACCUUACUAGUUUUCAAAAAACCAAAACAAAGGAAGGUUUGACCAAAAGCAGAGCUUUGCGGGCGCAUCACCAGCUGAGGUAAGGCACAGCCUCAAACCUCCCCACAAAAUGACCUUCAGGGAUUAAAAAAAAGGGGUUGGGGAUUUAGCUCAGUGGUAGAGCGCUUGGCCCUGGGUUCGGUCCCCAGCUCCGAAAAAAAAGAACAAAAAAAAAAAAAGAAAGAAAGAAAGAAAGAAGAAAGAAAGAAAGGAAAGAGAGAGAGAGAGAGAGAAAAAGAAAGAAAGGAAGGAAGGAAGGAAGGAAGGAAGAAAGAAAGAAAGAAAGAAAGAAAGAAAGAAAGAAAGAAAGAAAGAAAGAAAGAAAGAAAGAAAGAAAGAAAGAAAGAAAGAAAGAAAGAAAGAAAGAAAGAAAGAAAGAAAGAAAGAAAGAAAGGCCAAGAAGGCAGCUAGCGGCUUCACGGGGAGCUUACCCGGCAGAUCUAACGUUCUGCCUGAAGGCGGAGCCUCUGAAGCUCGACCAAUGAGCGCCCCGUCGCUAUGGUGUUGGCCGCGCCCGUACGGUGUUGGCCCCGCCCCCGGCUCAUCCAAGACUCAGAGCGUACGGGGGUCAUUCGUAGGUUCGCCAUUGAGCGCUUCGCGUACUCUGACUUUCUAGUCAGAUUUUAGGCUCCUUGAAACCAAACCCUGGUUUGACCCAGAGGUCCGUACCUUCGCGGCCUCAGAGAAUUGGCUCCUCCACCUUGGUCUCGAUGGAACGUUCUGGAAUGUACCACAGGCGAGAGGAGCGACACUUGUGCUUUCGUCCAGCAUCACAGACCCUGGAGUGGUGGGACGUUCCGGAAGGUGCCAGCGGAAGGCCACAAAGCGGUGGUGUGGCCCCGCAUCGUCGCCCGUCCCGUGGUUUGUGGCGGACCGUUACCGAAGCCUUACUUUGUUGGAGACUAGCAUGUUGGGGUCAACAUUCAUGCAAACCAGGACUCCUGCCUCUUCCUCCAGCUGUGUCUCUCUGCUUGGGCAGUUGCUUUGAUCCAUGUGGUUCAUCUUUGAGAUUCACUCCUCACAAGUGCCCUCAGCAUGUCAUCAGCAGCAAAAUCCCAAGUGCUGGAGGAGACAGCUCCUGGCUGUGAAGAGGAGCCAAAAGGGAAAACACUUUUCACUUGGGGGUCUCUUUUUGGUCACCGGAGUGAGAAGAUUGUCUUUACUAAAGGUGAUGGCAGCCCAGAGGAGAGCCUGCUUACUGUCACCAUCACGGAGACUACUGUCAUUGAGUCGGACCUCGGCGUGUGGAGUUCAAGAGCUCUCAUCUACCUCACGCUGUGGUUCUUCUUCAGCUUCUGUACUCUGUUCCUCAACAAGUACAUCCUGUCUCUGUUAGAAGGAGAGCCUAGCAUGUUAGGUGCUGUGCAGAUGCUGUCAACGACAUUAAUUGGAUGUGUUAAAAUAUUUGUUCCUUGCUGUUUAUAUCAACACAAAACCCGGCUCUCUUACCCACCCAAUUUCAUCAUGACUAUGCUCUUCGUGGGCCUUAUGAGGUUUGCAACGGUGGUUUUAGGGCUAGUUAGCCUCAAGAACGUGGCAGUGUCCUUUGCUGAGACGGUGAAGAGCUCCGCUCCCAUUUUCACUGUAAUCAUGUCUCGGAUGAUUCUGGGGGAGUACACAGGGCUGCUGGUCAACCUGUCCCUCAUCCCAGUCAUGGGAGGACUAGCGUUAUGCACUGCCACGGAAAUAAGCUUCAACAUCCUGGGGUUUUCAGCUGCACUAUCCACCAACAUUAUGGAUUGUUUGCAGAAUGUUUUUUCAAAAAAGCUUCUCAGUGGGGACAAAUACAGGUUCUCGGCCCCGGAACUGCAAUUCUACACCAGUGCUGCUGCUGUGGCCUUGCUGAUUCCAGCAUGGACCUUCUUCAUGGAUGUCCCUGUGAUUGGUGGGAGUGGGAAGAGCUUCAGCUACAGCCAGGACAUCGUGCUGUUGCUGCUGACAGAUGGCGCCUUGUUUCACCUUCAGAGUGUCACUGCAUAUGCCCUGAUGGGAAAGAUCUCCCCUGUGACUUUCAGUGUCGCCAGUACUGUGAAGCACGCCUUGUCCAUCUGGCUUAGCAUCAUCGUUUUUGGAAACAAAAUCACCAGCCUGUCGGCCAUUGGCACCAUCCUUGUCACAGUGGGUGUCCUGCUCUACAACAAGGCCAGGCAGUAUCAGCAAGAGACUAUGCAGAGUCUGGUCACAGCCACCAGCCAAGGCCCAAACGAUGACACAGAGCCACUGGUUUCCCAAGACUCUAGACAGCACCACUGAUCACCUGAUGUUUGACCAGGUCCAGACUGUCCCUCUGUACUCUGUGCUGGAACAGAGAAGCAAGUGAUGCAGGGCAGGUCUCUUGCUCCUUUCUGGACAUAAAAUGGGGAAUUUGGGACUCAGCUUCUGCCUGAUAGAGCCCUGCAGGAAGAUUCAAAUGACCUGUAGCUCCUCUGGCUGCAUUUGAACCAAUGUCUCUGUGCCCAGCCUACAACUGGGCAAUAUCUCUGUGGGGCCAACUAUGGAAUAAGCACAGGCUCCAGUACCAACGGAAGUUGCUGUCUGCUUGAUGCCAUCCAGGAGACCUAAAUUGUUCUAUGCCCACCACCACCACCACCACCACCACCACCACCACCACCACCACCACCACCACCACCACCACCACCACCACCACAGGCCCUGAAGUCUUUUGGUUCUUGACAGUCUAUGACACAGACAUUCCAGAUGCCAGUGACUCUAGCAUGAGACACAAAACCCCGAGAAACCAGAGUGGCAGACAGAACAGAUAAGUGUCCCCUACGAUGGAGGGACAGUGCUAUGUGAAGGAAAAGUAUCCCCUUCUUGACCUGUGCUACACUGAACUACCCUGUUCCAGGGUUGUUGCCCUGUGUUUCUGCUACCCAUUUGGUGAUUGCCCCACUCUGGGAAGUUGUGUAAAAAUCUCUUGAUUCGAACAGAUGCUCUCGAGUGCUUUUCCAUUUUGAGUAUGAUAAAUGUGAAGCAGGCUGUUCCGAAUGGCACAGUUGUCUGCCCUGUGAAGAUUCCUGUGGAUGAUAGGGAAGUUUUAAAGAGCUUUUGAGUGUUUACAGGUUAUGUUGUAGUUAAAGGGACACUGCCUUUCGACAAAGCAGGUGCCUUCAGAGGUUUCUCGAGUCUCUGCAUGUAAGGUACAUGGAAGACUACACCCACAGCUGGCUCUUCACUGGGGACCAAAUGAUGACUGCCUGAGCUACCAGGUACCCAGAGCUUAAGGUGAAGUGGAGGCCAACAGUGGGGCCUUGGGUGUGAGACACUGAGGUUCUACAUUACUGAACAUUGUGUGAGUCAUGUGUGGGGUGCAGUCUGUUGCCAGCCAGUCUGUAAGACUCUGUCCAUUACAUAUGAGCUGAAGCCACUGGUACUUCUUGUCCAGGUCUUACUGGUCCUUCCUGCUGUAUGUCUUACUGCCCACGGUGCCACUGCUUUCUAAGUUGGCUUCAUACCUGGAAAGUAUGAAAAUAGCCCCUCAAGGAGAUGUUGGGGUGAAAAUGAGCAAUAAUUAUGUCUACAUUUUAUUUACUUGAACAAGUCAUCUGCCAUGAUGAUGGAUCAAAAUGGGGCCUUUUAAUCUAUAAGCCACCUUUUAAAAAAAGCAACCUGUGUUGGACACUGACGAGGUGUCUUUACUGUGCUAUGUAAGGUCACCCACCCCCAUUAUGAAGACGUUCCCUCAUUUGACUUUGUCCAGGUUUCUGCUUCCUUCCAGUGCACGACAGGUGGCAGAUGUUGGAUUAAUCUGUACAGUGGGCCUGUCUACUCAAGACCUGGCUGUGCAGCUGCAGAUACUGAAGAGUGUGUGCUCAUGGAUACUGGUCGGAAGAUCUCUGGCCUCCCACAGACCUUGCCAAAGGAUGCUCAGAGCUCCACGCACUUGGCUUCUUACUAUUUGGAAUUUCUGCCUGUGUCCUAUGUGUAAUUAGGAAAUAGCCUAUUGUGACUUGUUCUAGUCACCCCUCCCCUACACCACCAGACUCAGCCUGUUUUGAUUUUCUAAGUUUUUGGACUAGAAGCAAAAACAAAGAUUUUUCUUAAAGCAAUUUCCUGUAAAGCUGCUUUUCAGACUUGUCUUCACAGGUGGAAAGAUCAUGAACUCUGCCGCUUCCAUUAGCUCUUCCAAGACAUGGCUAGGGUGAGAGUCUUUGAAUGGCCCUGCUUGACCAUUUGUUAUGACCAUUCCAUAACAAUAUUUUUUAAUUAACUUUGUUAGUAUUUCAUAGAAUACUGUGUUCUUCAUGAAUUGUUACUGAUGUACAUGUAGAAAUAUUGGCACCACGUGUCAUUACUUAUCCUGGAUAAUUCCUCCUGAGUCUAUAUCAUUGUCUGGUCUGUUGUAAACAACACUGGAUUGACCUGAGCCAGCCAUCUUCUUACUCACUGCACCCAUGGUUAAAAAGAUAUGCACAUUUCUAAUUUCAAAAAUACUUUAGGGACUAUAGAGACAGACUAAUGGUUAAGAACUAGUAUUAUGUUUCCUGGUGAGGACCCAAGUUCAGUUCCCAAAACUCAUUUAGAGUGCUUCACCAACUGCCUGUAACUCCAGCUUUAGGGAUUCUGAUGCCUCUGGCUGCGCUGGGCAUCUGCAUUCAGGCUUGUGUAUGCAUAUACACAUGCACAACUUAAAAAUAAUGCAUUUGCUGGGUGGUUGUGGUACAUGCCUUUAAUCCCAGCACUUGUGAAGCAGAAGCAGGUGGAUCUCUGUGAGUUUGAGGGCAGUCUGGUCUACAGAGCACGUUCCAGGAUAGCUAGAGUAAUACAGAGAAACCCUGUCUUGAAAAACUAGAUAGAUACACUUUUAAAAAUUUCAUGCUUUGGGGUAUACCUUAGUAGCACAUCACUGGCAUGCAUUAUGGGGCUCUUGAGUUGAUCCCAGCAGCAGACAUUGGAUAGAGGGAUGAAGGGGAGAAAAGCCCCUCCCCCAAACUUCCACUAGUAAAAGACAAGGAAAAAUUUUUUUAAUGUAUUCCUGAUUUCUAUGCAUUGAUGUUUUGCCUGCAUGUGUAUCUGUAUGAGAGUGUUGGAUCCCCUGGAACAGAUAGUUAUGAGCUGCCAUGUGGCUCCUGGGAAUUUCAUUUGGGUCCUCUUGAAGAUCAGCCAUCUUACCAGCUCUUGUUUUGUUUAUUUUUAAACUACGUCAUCAUGGCACAUACAUUAGACUUACAUAGUAAUUCAAGACUAGUUCGGGCUACAUAUUGAGACCAAGUUUCAAAAUAAAUUUUAUUAUUUCUUGAAUACCAGGAUUAUAAUCGUUCCUCAGGUAGUGGUGGUUUACACUUUUAAUCCCAGUACUCAGGAGAUAGAGACAGGUGAUUCUUUGUGAGUUCCAGGCUAGCCUAGUCUACAAAGCCAGUUCUAGGAUUGCCAGGGCCAUGUCUCAAAAAACAAAAUUUGAGAUAAAUAAAAAUGAUGAAUCAGAGGAGAUUAAAUAAUAAAGGUGGGCUGGAGAGAUAGCUCAGCGGUUAAGAGCAUUGACUGCUCUUCCAGAGGUCCUGAGUUCAAUUCCCAGCAACCACAUGGUGGCUCACAAACAAAAAAGUGGGAUGUGAUGCCCAUUUCUGGUGUGUCUAAAGACAGCUACAGUAUACUCAUAUAUAUUAAAUCUUAAAAGAAAAGAAAGAAAAAAGAAUAAAAGCUGCUCAUGGGAUUCAGCCAAGUGAUAUCUUCUUAACAUUGGAAAAGGGUAAAUAAAUAUGUUACUAUGGGAAACCAUGCCAAUGCCUUCUGAGAUUGCAUUUACCUAUGUAACCUAUACUGUCCUUGAAGUCCUUGAACUCUAGACCUUCUAAUUCAACAUUCUUAGUACUGAGAUUACAAGUAUUUCACCACUCCUGACCCCCUCUGCCUUUGAGCAACAAUCUUUUGUUUUUUCUUAACUUGUAAACAUUGACCUCCCCUUCAUCUCUUCAUUACCUCGACCCUUUGGUUCUUGUGCUUGGGAUAGAACUUAAGGCUUCAAGAAUGCAAGCUAGGCUGCUAUUCUUUCUCUGAGAUAUGGCGUCCAGCCUGUUUUCCUAGUUUAUAAAUACCUUUGCUCUCUGCAUGGAUUAGAACAGGACAUACUGAUUGUGGACAAAUAGUACCCACCACAAUUCAAAGUUUAGUAGGUUUUAACUUUGGUGUCUCUGAAGUAUGUUUUCCUGGGGACUCUGAUCCUGACUUUGGUGGCUAUUGAACCCUCCCUGACAUAUCCAAGUUUAGUUUUAAACAAAUCAAGUUGGCAAGUUGUGUGUGGUGUUUUUGUUUGUUUUCACUUUUCAUUUCUGGGUCUUAAACUGCAUAUUAAAUUCACUUGUAAUGUCUGGAUUCAGAGAUAGUUGUGAGUCUGUGUUUACUCAGUGUUGGCGUUUUGGAACAGGCCACAGUUUAGAGUAGUAAGUUGUCUUCGUCAAAGCCAAGUCAUAUUUGCUUUAUACCAAACAAUAUUAGAGAACUAAAACACAUCAUAAAAUGUAUACUGUUUUGUAUUUCACCUCUUUCAGUAUUUAAUUAUAUUAAUGCCUUCUAGAAUUCUGUUAGAUAAUUCAUUGAUUCCUGAAAUAAAUUGGUAUUGUGUAAUUAA